AUGGAGUCGGGAGAAGCAGACAUCCGCUCUCCUGGCAAGGCAGGCUCCUGGUACCUAGGCGAUCCCAGGGAACUCAGGGAGCAUCUCGAUGGAUUUCUUUCCGAUGUGCCCGAUCAAAUCGACGGAACCGAACUACCGGUCCCUAGCGCUCGAGUCAUCAUUGCCCCCCACGCCGGAUACGAUUACUCAGGUGCCACGGCAGCCUGGGCCUACAAGGCCCUCGACCUCAGCAAAGCGAAACGUAUAUUCAUUCUCGGGCCCUCUCAUACCUUCUACUUAGUAGGCUGCGCUGUCAGCGAGUAUGAGAAGUAUGGUACACCUUGGGGGAGCCUCAAAGUGGACGAGAAGGUCACAUCUCAACUCUUCGAAGACCUUGAAAUCCCUGCGAUUCCGAGAAAAUAUGACAACGCGGAACACUCGUUGGAGAUGCACCUGCCGUACCUCUGGAUCCGGCUGGAACAAACCUUUGGCUCGCCCGAGAACUUUCCGCCCGUCGUACCGAUCCUGAUCGGCGACAACAACAAGGCAGAAGAGAAGGAGGUGGGCAAGUGGCUUGCCGAGUACGUCAAGGACCCGGAGAACGCAUUCAUCGUCAGCUCAGACUUUUGUCACUGGGGCUGGCGUUUCGAUUAUCAGCCCUACUGCCCGGACGGGACACUCAACAGCAAGAAGAAGCUCUCCAGAUUCGACCCCACGCCCGACGGGCCGCCCAUUCACGAGACAAUCAAGAUGGUGGAUGACUUGGCGAUCGAGGCCAUCAAGACCGGGAAGCACAGCGAGUUCUGUGAUAGCAUCAAGCAGACCAAGAAUACAGUGUGCGGAAGGCACCCGAUCGGGGUGACGAUGGCGGCACUUGAGGAACUGGGCGACCACCGGUUCACGUUCAUCCAAUACGACCGUAGCGAAUUGAUCCAGCGGCCAGGAGACAGUAGCGUAAGCUAUGUUUCGGCCUAUGCAGUGGUAUGA